CCAUUCGCUGUAAAGUUUAGCGAUAGCUGCUAGCGCCCUGCUAGCCGUUUUAGCUAGUGAGCAGUUUAGCCAGUUUAGCUCCACUAACCCACGGUCGUUACAAUACGAACUGUAAUAUUUAUAUCGGCUGAUGUAAAUUCACUGAAAGAUUUUAGGCUCCGUUUGCUGUUCUUGUAUCUUUCCCUGCGUCUCACGCACAACGCCCUCUCAGAGGCUGCCACACCCAGUCUGUGCUUCACAGGCAAAGUUGACUCAUGAAGUGUAAGAAGACACCAGCGGAGUGUUUCUGAGUCCACAAAUACCCGCCGCCGACCCGCGCACACGGCUAAAGAAGAGCCAACAUGAAGCUUUGUUUGAGGAUUGCGGUGCUGCUUUUCCUGGUUACUGGAACAUUAACACAAGAACUCAGCCUGGAGGAUGGGUUGGAUGAAAUAAAAACGACAACCCAAAAGCCCAAAGAGAAGCCAAAGGCACCAGAGCAGCCCAAAAAGGAUGGUGAGCUAGACCUUUGGGAUGCAUUUGGACCAGACGAUCCACAGCCGGAAAAACCCAAGAAACCAAGUCCUGGAGACUCUGAUUCCAAUGGAUUCGAUCUGGGAGACGCUGUCAAUCCAGGACCUACCACUAAACCUGACAAACCUGCUGUCAACCCACCAAAGGGUGGAGGAGGUGGUGGAAAGUUUGAUGAUUCCGACUUGUUUGAUAUAAGCAAUGGAGACUACAAGCCUGAUGGAGGCCGCUCAGGAGGUCGUGCCAUGGGUCCUCAGGGUGGCGCUGACCAGCCUCAAGGUGGCGCUGACCAGCCUCAAGGGAGUGGUCCCAUUGCAGGAAUCAUCAGUGCCGUAGGCGUUGCCCUGGUGGGAGCAGCGUCCAGUUACUUUGCUUAUCAGAAGAAGAAACUGUGCUUCAAGCUGCAGGGAGGUGCAGAUCCAGAGAGUGGUAAAGGACACCAAGGCACUCAUUCCGAGCCUCAAGUCCUCAGCAACCUGCUCCAGACAAACUAGACGCGUCUCUCCUGCUGCCAGAGGACUUCAUUCAACUUCCAGUCAGCCUUGUUGGUGGUGCUUCUGCAGCCUGAUCGACUUAAACCAGAACUACAACUGUAGCCCAGCUUGAAGACUGUCCAUUUGCAAACAUCUGAGUGUGCAUCUUCUCUUUGUGUCUUUAACAAAAAUCAGAAUAUCCCAAAGGUGAUUUGAAAGGAGCAUUUGUAUUUGUGUUUGUUGGCUGUGUGUAACUACUGUAAAGAUGAAUACUCUGGCUCUGUGGUAAUACACACAUUUAUUUUAAAGUAGGUGCAAAUAUUCAUGCAGGUGAUAUUUUUAACAGUAAGUCUCCUCUGUAGGGUUCCCGUUUAAAACACUCGUUACUACAGUUUACUAAAUACACACAUAUACUAUUCAGCGUAGCGCACACCUCUGCAGCACACCUCUGCAGCACACCUCUGCAGAGAACAGGGAUAUAAAAGCUGCUGUGCAGCGCAAAAUGAACACAUCCAAACACAGCAGUGACCCCGUUUGGAGCAGGGUGUGUUCAUGCUAGCCAGCCUGGUCCCUGGAGGUGUUUUAAACUGAAGGAGAGCUUUCAUUAGUUGAGCUGUAGUUUAGGCUCAGUGUGUGACCGAUGAAAAUCAACUGGAAAUGUGUAUUUUAGAGUAAAAGAACCGUGUUUGUCGCAUGAUUUAAGCGUUUAGUGGAAGUGCACAUUCUUCAGGAGGCCACGCACAUUUCCAGUGCUGGUAAACGACAGCAGGAAGCACAGCCCGUGCUGAGCGCAUGGAGAUGUUUGUAGUGUUGGUUGCAGUGUGAGCACAUCUGUUCAUGAAACACAAAAAAUGCACAUUUAUUAAUGCACUCGUUGUAGACAACUCUUAGGAUCUUAGCUCUUAAUGUAACAUACAGCACAAACAUGAGUUUCUUGCUAUCUUGAGCUUGAUUAUAAAUAUUAAUUUUCCUCCGUCUGUCCAAAACCUUUUUAUCGUCCUAACAGUCAGUCUGCUGCUUUGUAGACGAACGCUCAGAAUCAGCAGCUCUUUAUCAACAUAUGAUUUAUGCCAAAAGAUGAGAAGUAAUUGUACACAGUGUCCUAAAUACGAUGUCACUAAAAGUUUGAACAUUUAGCAGCUGAAUUCAGGUGUUUGGUAUAUUUACAUGGGAUGUGUAGAUGUGUCGGCUCAUGUUUAGCAAACAGAGUUUGUGAAAGGUUUAAUGAAUCAGUGCCUCAGACGAGCAGCAGCCACAGAUCACUGGGCCGACGCAUUUAUGCUCAUCAGGUGUUUGUUUUAGUGUGACACGUUGUGUGCUGUCCCACAGACUCACACUGGGACAUUGGUCAUAAAUGAGCUUCACAUUACAGUCUGAGGGCUCAUCAGCAGACACUCAGACUGUAAUGUGAUGUGAACUCUUACGAUGCUAAAAUAUUGAAAUCGUUUGCAUCCCUGUGAGAUGUAGAUAGUUGGGGAGAUGGUGUGUACAGAUGCUUUGAGCUUUGUUAGUCUGUUACUAAUUUGUCUGGGUUUACAAACCGAGAUGUGAUCCAGGUUAUUUAGUUGUUUACAUCUGACUUAGAUGAGAGAAAUGUUGCAUUUGUGAGUGGAUUUAAUGUACGCAAAUGUUUCAAAUAAAAUGAUCUGUGUUUGUA